ACCUACUAAUAUUGGUCUGAUUGAAUAAGGCAGCUAAGGAAUCUCAGGAGAGCCACAGAGGGGCGUCUUCAGGCUGACUGCUGUACAAAAGUAGGCUUAAAGGCAAACCAUCACAUCUGCUGAAUUUGCACAGCCCGGAAAAUAACACGACCCUGAGAAAAAUCAACAAAAAUCUGGUAAAAUUUCUGGCGGUCGGGAGAUGAAUGUCCUUCUGGAGUGUGUGCAGCUGCUACGGGAGCUGAUUGUGGACUACAGUUACCUUGCAAAUACAGCCAUGAAAAGCCCCCCCUUCCCACCUGAAUGGGACUUAAGGAGUCAGGAACCUCUGAUCUUCACGCACUCCUACCAUCCACUACCUUACAACAGUAACACGUUGGAAGAGGUGAUUCGACAGGUCUUUAAAAGCCAAGGAUACCAGUUACCAUUAUUACAAGAAUCUGACUUUGUGGUGGAAAUUGCCCACUCCAGGUCUCCGAUGGACAUCCCUCUGGAAUUGCUCAAAGAAAUUUUAAAGAUAUUGGAAAGCCCUCGUAUGACAUAUGGCCACUACUUGUUUGGAAGAGUACACCCAUAUGACCGAGGACAGAGAAAGCUCGAGUCUCUUAAUGGUGUGACCCAAUCAUGGAGGCUGAAGAAGGUGGAUACACAGAGAGGCCAUGAUCUUUCGCAGAUUCAUUUGUUGUCCAUCAAAAAGCUAAAGAAUGCUGUUAAAACAGAUCUGAGGAAGUACCAGAUUUACUUGACUGGUCUUAAAUCUCGCCUACGAGGUCUGGAACGGAGAGCGGCAACUGUGACCAAGGAUUUGGAGAGAGCUAACCUGGAGCUGGUGGCUCUAAAACAGGACCAUUGUAACCCAGAGGUCAGAGUGGGCAAAGGGGAAUCCUGUCUGAGAGCAGUUGGCCAUUUGACAUGUCAGCCAGUACUGGGCAACCACCAAGAUCAUCAGAGGAUAGCCCCAUAUCCGGUCUGUCAUGAGCAGUACCAGAAUUUAAAGUAUGAAGAGCACUUAACCCAAUAUCAAAAACACAGUUGUCCACCUGGGAAAGGCCCAUCAGCCAGGAGAAUUAAUAAAGUUCAACUGAAGUCAUGUAUGUUGCAGUGCCAGGUUCAGAUUGAUGUUCUCAUGGAGCAGGUAAACAAACAAAUUAAUACAACUGAAAUUGAUAUCUCUGCCACCAAAAACCUAAUUCAGAUCAAGAAAACCAGGAGAAGUGAGAAUAGAAAACAUGGUUACCCGUAUAAUAAGAAUUGUCGGUGGAUCGAUUCCAUAUUGUCUGAAGAGCCCUUUCCACAACCUGCUUAACGUCUCUCGACAGACUUG